AUGGCCAUGGCUGCUGUGGAGGGAGAAGAAGAAAAGAAACCAAAUGGUAGUUCUUUUGUAGCUGUGGAGGGAGAAGAAGAAAAGAAACCGAAUGGUAGUUCUUCUUCUUUUGUAGUUGUGGAGGGAGAAGAAGAAAAGAAACCGAAUGGUGGUUCUUCUGUAGCUAUGGAGGGGGAAGAAGAAAAGAAACCGAAUGGUAAUUCUUUUGUAGCUGUGGAGGGAGAAGAAGAAAAGAAACUGAAUGGUAGUUCUUCUUCUUUUGUAAUUGUGGAGGGAGAAGAAGAAAAGAAACCGAAUGGUGGUUCUUCUACGAGGAUCUUGAAUUCUGUAGCUGUGGAGGGAGAAGAAGAAAAUAAAUCGAAUGGUAGUUCUUUUAUAGCUGUGGAGGGAGAAGAAGGAAAGAAACCGAAUGGUAGUUCUUCUUCUUUUGUAGAUGUGGAGGGAGAAGAAAAGAAACCGAAUGGUGGUUCUUCUGUAGCUGUGGAGGGGGAAGAAGAAAAGAAACCGGAUGGUAGUUCUUCUUCUUUUACGAAGAUCUUGAAUUCUGUAGCUGCAAAGGGAGAAGAAGAAAAGAAACCGAAUGGUAGUUCUUUUGUAGCUGUGGAGGGAGAAGAAGAAAAGAAACCGAUUGGUAGUUCUUCUUCUUUUGUAGUUGUGGAGGGAGAAGAAGAAAAGAAACCGAAUGGUGGUUCUUCUGUAGCUGUGGAGGGGGAAGAAGAAAAGAAACCGAAUGGUAGUUCUUCUAUAGCUAUGGAGGGAGAAGAAAAAAAAGUGAAUGGUAGUUCUUCUUCUUCUGUAGGUGUGGAGGGAGAAGAAAGGAAACCGAAUGCUGUAGAGGGAGAAGAAGAAAAGAAACCGAAUGGUAGUUCUUUUGUAGCUGUGGAGGGAGAAGAAGAAAAGAAACCGAAUGGUAGUUCUUCUUCUUUUGUAGUUGUGGAGGGAGAAGAAGAAAAGAAACCGAAUGGUGGUUCUUCUGUAGUUGUGGAGGGGGAAGAAGAAAAGAAACCGAAUGGUAGUUCUUCUAUAGCUAUGGAGGGACAAGAAGAAAAAAACCGAAUGACGAGGAUCUUGAAUUCUGUAGCUGUGGAGGGAGAAGAAGAAAAGAAACUGAAUGGUAGUUCUUUUGUAGCUGUGGAGGGAGAAGAAGAAAAGAAACCGAAUGGUAGUUCUUCUUUUUUUGUAGUUGUGGAGGGAGAAGAAGAAAAGAAACCGAAUGGUGGUUCUUCUGUAGCUGUGAAGGGGGAAAAAGAAAAGAAACUGAAUGGUAGUUCUUCUAUAGCUAUGGAGGGAGAAGAAGUAAAAAAACUGAAUGGUAGUUCUUCUUCUUCUGUAGGUGUGGAGGGAGAAGAAAGGAAACCGAAUGGUGGUUCUUCUAUAGCUGUGGAGGGGGAAGAAGAAAAGAAUCUAAAUGCUGUGGAGGGAGAAGAAAAGAAACUGAAUAGUAGUUCUUUUGUAGCUGUGGAGGGAGAAGAAGAAAAGAAACCGAAUGGUAGUUCUUCUUCUUUUGUAGUUGUGGAGGGAGAAGAAGAAAAGAAACCGAAUGGUGGUUCUUCUGUAGCUGUGACGGGGGAAAAAGAAAAGAAACUGAAUGGUGUGGAGGGAGAAGAAAGGAAACCGAAUGGUGGUUCUUCUAUAGCUGUGGAGGGGGAAGAAGAAAAGAAACUAAAUGGUAGUUCUUCUAUAGCUAUGGAGGAGAAGAAGAAAAAAAAAUCGAAUGGUAGUUAUUCUUCUUCUGCAGGUGUGGAGGGAGAAGAAAGGAAACCGAAUGCUAUGGAGGGAGAAGAAGAAAAGAAACUGAAUGGUAGUUCUUUUGUAGCUGUGGAGGGAGAAGAAGAAAAGAAACCGAAUGGUAGUUCUUCUUCUUUUGUAGUUGUGGAGGGAGAAGAAGAAAAGAAACCGAAUGGUAGUUCUUCUGUAGCUGUGGAGGGGGAAGAAGAAAAGAAACCGAAUGGUGUGGAGGGAGAAGAAAGGAAACCGAGUGGUGGUUCUUCUGUAGCUGUGGAGGGGGAAGAAGAAAAGAAACUGAAUGUUGUGAAGGGAGAAGAAGAAAAGAAACCGAAUGGUAGUUCUUUUGUAGCUGUGGAGGGAGAAGAAGAAAAGAAACCGAAUGGUAGUUCUUCUUCUUUUGUAGUUGUGGAGGGAGAAGAAGAAAAGAAACCGAAUGGUAGUUCUUCUAUAGCUAUAGAGGGAGAAGAAGAAAAAAACCGAAUGGUAGAUCUUCUUCUUCUGUAG